ACAGUUUCUGAAUUCGAAGUUGAAAUGGAAGUUCAUUCUCUGAGUAACAGAUGGAUCGCCACGGUUGCCAGCAUAUGGAUCCAAUGCAUCUGCGGCCCAUCAUACACCUUCGGAAUCUACUCCUCCGCCCUCAAAUCAACCCAGGCCUACGAUCAGUCCACUCUCGACACUGUUUCCGUCUAGGACGUCGGCGCCACCGCCGGAGUUCUCGCCGUCCUCCUCUACUCCGCCGUCGCCUCCAACAAUCGCCCCCGCAGAUCAUGGAUCAUCCACACCGUCGGAGCAAUCCAGUGCUUCGCCGGAUACAUUUUCAUAUGGGCUGCGGUCUCCGGCUUAAUCCCCCGGCCACCGGUGCCGGCGAUGUGCUUCUUCAUGUUUUUAGCCGUCCAUGCCCAGGUGUUCUUCAACACCGCCAACGUGGUUACCGGCGUCCAUAACUUCCAGCUCUACAGUGCCACAAUCGUCGGCAUUCUCAAGGGAUUUGCAGGUCAUGGAGCAGUACUGAUCCAAUUCUCCAAUACAUUCUGCAACAGAGACCCAGCCAACAAUCUUGUGCUGCUGUCGAUCUUGCCGGCGCUUUCGACUCUUCUUCUCAUGGCCUUCGUCGUAAUCGACAAAACAGAGACCGGAAACGAAUCAAACCAUUUGAACUCCUUCUCAACAAUUGCUCUCAUAAUCUCCGCUUAUCUCACUAUUCUCAUCAUUUUGAACAACGCCCUCACUUUACCAAUCUGGGCUCGCAUCUUCACCUUCGUUCUACUCCUAACCCUAAUCGCCUCCCCUCUCGGAAUCGCAAUCAGAGCACGAACAGAGGACUCCGUUUUCCUUCAAAACGCCGACGAUUCCGUCGAAUACCGUCAAAUUCCUAGUGAAGUUCAGAGCGAUGAUCAGCUGGCGAUUGUUUCAGACGGAGAAAUGAAUAUAAUCGAGGCAAUCGGCACAGUGAACUUCUGGCUACUAUCUUUUGCGAUGAUGUGCGGGAUGGGUUCUGGUUUAGCCACCAUAAACAACAUGAAUCAAUUGGGCCAAUCUUUGGGUUACGGAACAGUCGAAAUCAACGCAUUCGUUUCACUGUGGAGCAUAUGGAAUUUCCUUGGCCGUCUAGGGCCCGGCUAUGCUUCUGAUCUUCUCCUCCGGCAACUAGGCUUGGCGCGGCCAUUUUUAAUGGCGGCGGCCUUGCUGACCAUGAGCAUCGGCCAUAUCAUCAUAGCUUCAGGAUUCCCUGGGAAUUUGUACGUGGGAUCGGUGAUCGUGGGGAUCUGUUACGGCUCUCAGUGGUCGCUGAUGCCGGCGAUUACGGCGGAGAUAUUUGGAAUUAGGAAUAUGGGUACCAUUUUCAAUACCAUCACUGUAGCCAGUCCGAUUGCAUCUUAUAUUCUAUCUGUUAGAGUUAUUGGGUACACAUAUGACAGAGAAGCCGGAGCCUCCGCCGGAGACAACUCUUGCUCCGGCAAACAUUGCUUUAUGACAUCUUUUCUGGUCAUGGCUGCUGUGGCUUUCUUGGGUUUUCUUGUUGCUGUUGUUCUGUUCUUCCGGACCAGGAGAUUCUAUCAAUCUCUUGUGCAGAGAAGGCUCAAAGAUUAGAUGAAAUCUGAAGCGUUGAGUGAAAUUGGUUGUUUGUUCAUAUAAUUUUUUUUAAAGGAUUUUUUUUUUCAUAGAAUUUUCUUAUUCUUCUUCGGAAUUAAUAUUUUUAGUCUGUUGUUUGUAAGGUGUGAGGUAUUGGAUGAUUGAGCGAUUCAAGGUUUGAGUUGUUAAAUCGGUGAAGAUUUUUAUUAAUGAAAAUUUUCACAGCUUUUUUUAAAAUUAAG